ACAUAUGCUUAAUGAUUACAAACUUGUUUUUAACUUUUGUAAUUUGUCACUCGUCUGCUAGUUUCCUCUGACUGCUAUUUACGAUACUCAGAAUUAACAUUGUAUUGUUAAAUUGUGUUAGUUUGAGAUGAUUUUGAAAACUUUAAAAUCUCACUUUUUAAAAAAAAAUACAAUUGGAAUAAAUAAACGUUGCUUAUGGCAAUGGAUUGAUGACACAUUCAACCGUUUGGACGACGAUCGUAUCAAGGAAAUUGGCCCAAACUUGGCAUGUGCUGAGUGGCUUAUGAAAAAUGGUGCACAAGUCAGGUGGAAAGGUUGUAAAGAAUUUGUCAGCCAUUACAAUUGUUUACCUAGUAUAACAUCAUAUAACCGCGGACAAUUUCUGAUUGAACAAAUUUAUGCUGGAAAAGAAGCUUCAAUUUCACAUAUAGGAUUUUGUUAUUUUGAAAACUGUAAAAAUAUUUCUAAGAUUGAAUUUGUUGGAUGCAACACAAUUGAUAAUGAAGCAUUAAGUAAACUUAAUAUCUUAAAAGAUUACUUGACAAAUUUGAAAAUUAAUGGCUGUUUAAAUGUUUCUGACCAAGGAAUAAUGGCAUUGGAACAACUUCAGGCAUUAAAGUAUUUGGAAUUGAAAAAUUUACAAUUUUUAAUUGAACCAGAAGCUACAAUUCAUCAUUUGAAAACAAAGCUGCCUGAAUGCAAUAUACAAUAUUUUAAUGAAUGAUAACGAUAAAAAGAAACCAAUUCUACUUAACUAUUUUCACUUUUAUUAAUUAUCAUAUGACUGAUAUUUUACUGUGAAAUA